CAGAUUCCUCACUCCAUUUUAAUGGGCGUUCACGGAACUUCCUUUAUUUGCUGGCGUCACCACCUUGGGGUUGGUUGGAUCGAACGCUCGGCGGAUUGACUACGCACCCUUCCUGGUUCGCUCGGAUGCAGAGAGAGAGAGAGAGAGAGAGACAGAAAAGAAUCAUCGUGGUCGUCGCCAUGAAACACCGGUGCUUCGUUUCCACAUUUUUGUCCUUCUUUCUGCUUUAUCGGUUAGGCUAUCGUCCGGCGACGGCGUUGCCGGCGAACGGGACGGGCGUGCACGAGCUGCUGCCCAAGUUUGGUCUGCCGCGAGGACUCUUACCCCAGGGAGUGAAGUCGUUUUCCUUCUCCGAGACCGACGGCAGAUUCUUGGUGCUGCUUGAGCAGCCUUGCUACGUGGAGUACGAGUACCUCGUCUACUAUGACGUGAAUAUCACCGGCACCCUUCGCUACGGCAGCAUCACCGAUCUUAAGGGCAUACAGGUGAGGAAAUUCUUCAUUUGGUUGGACAUCGACGAGAUCAAGGUCGACUUGCCGCCCUCCGAUUGCAUCUACUUCCAGGUGGGGAUCAUCACCAAGCGGCUUGACGUGGCCCAGUUCGCCAACCCUCGUUCCUGCCGAGAAGGUGGCUGUACAUGGUGGGAUUCCGUUUCUUUCGAGUUGCCUGAGCCUGUAAUGGAAGAGGCGAUGCUAAUCACGGAGUAGAGAGCAGCUCUUCAGUCAGUAUUUGACAGGCUGCGGUUGGGAAAAGAUAUGAAGUGGACCAACUAAAUUUUUCAAACCUGGUCAUUCAAGACAGCAUGCUAAGGAAGAGCUUCACUCCAUUUAAAAUCGAUCAAAACCUAGUUGAGAGAUCCUCGAAAUAAACAUUUUGUUCAUCAGUCACAGACUCUCACGGCUGUUCUAAAUAAUUACUGCUAAAUUUCAAGUGUAAAUGCCACUGGUACUUUAGCACGUAAUCAGUAAAUAUUGCACCUCUUGUAAAUAAAUCACGACCUUUAUGGCUGUAAAUGGAGUACUUUAGACAAUUAAA